UGGAGUGAGGAGCCAGGCGUGUAGAACGGCGAGACGCGGUGCUGUCUGCUCGAGAGCUGCUUUCUAUCACUUCUCCGGGGGAAUACCAGAGGAAGAAUCGACUACCAUGGCAGCCGGCAAGGGAGUUCAGGAGAGCACACCUGCAUACCUGGGUGGCCUACUAGACGCUGGGGAAGGUAACAUGGUGACUUUGGCGGCGGGGGAGACGCGGCUGGUGGCGCACACAGCCGUCCUAGUUACCGGGAGCCCCGUGUUUGCCGCAAUGUUUCGCCACGACAUGGUGGAGUCCAGCAGUGGCCUGGUCAACGUAACAGAUGUGGACGGACCGGUGCUGAGAGAGCUACUGACGUUCAUGUAUACCUUCCAUGCCCCCCAGCUGGCGAGCAUGGCUGCACAAUUACUAGUCGCCGCCGAUAAAUAUGGCGUGCUUAGCCUGAAGGCUCAGUGCGAGCAGCAGCUGGCCACUGGACUGGCUGUGGACAACGCGGCGGCCACAGCAGACCGCCAUCUCCUACAUAAAGGGGCGCACGCAUGA